CCAUGUCAUCACUCCGCGACGAGCCUCGCGUGCGCUGCUCUUCUUAAACGGUGACUGGUGGCCAGCCCGAGGAGGAGGUGGCGGUGGUGUGGAUACUCAAACGGUCCGGGCGAGGUUCAUAAAGUGAGGAAACGGUUAUAAAGAGACCCGUUCGAGCUGCCGCUGCCGGAUCAUUUCUUCCCGGACCCAUUUCACAGUUGGACCCGACGGGACGCUCGUGUGACGGGUCCGUGCACAAUGAGGACCGGAGCUCGGCCAUGACGAGUCUUUGGACCAAAGCAGGUGUUUUAAGUUCGAUGUCGGCAGCUUUCGGUUUGAUGCUGUGGUCGCAGAAGCAAGCGGAUUUGGACCAGGUUGCUUCCGGUGACGCCGCUGCUCAAACGAAUCCCAGCUCUCCCUACAAACUCAAAUUGGUUCAAGUCCUGUUCCGACAUGGUGCCCGAACGCCGCUUAAAACGAUCCCUGGUGUUAUGGAGGCUCAAUGGUUGCCGACCCUCUUGGAGCCUCCGGCGCACACCCACAUCGACUAUGAAGUGACGGAUCUUCUCGGUGGCCCGAGGCCCCCGGCCCCCGUAGAAGACGGCUACCGGAAAAACGUGCUCAAAGGCGGCUCGUUCCCCGGUCAGCUGACCACGUUGGGCAUGCAGCAGCUGUAUGAGCUGGGCAAGACGCUACGGAGGAGAUACAUCGAGGAGAGCCAGUUCCUCAGCUCCAGCUUCAGCCCCACGGAGGUCUAUGUGCGUUCCACCAACAUCGUGAGGACCAUUGAAUCCGCCAAGUGCCUGGUGGCGGGGCUCUUCCUGCAGAAGCAAACGGAAACCGUCACGAUACAAACAACGGCGUCCGAGUCUGAAAUCCUGUAUCCGAACUACCACGCCUGCAAGCUGCUCAAAACCCUCGUCAGCCACCGCUGGGCAGAGUCGUCCUCCCUGCCAGACAUCGCAGCGGACCUGCAGAGCUUCAAGGACGCGCUGGGCAUCGCUGCCCACCAGCACAUGGACUUCAUCCUCAUUCGGGACGACAUGGUCGCCAGAGAGACGCACGGCCUGCGCUGCCCCUCGGUGCUGGAGACCUGGCGGGCGAGAGUGGAGCAGCGAGCGGUGGACAUGAUCUACCACGUGUACGCGCACAACAACAACACGGAGACCCUGCAGCUGUGUGUGGGGCCCCUCCUGCACUCGGUGGUCGCCAACAUGGACGAGAAGCUGGACGGCACCUCGUCGGAGCCCGGCAGGAAGCUAUUUUUAUACUCGGCGCACGACACCACGUUGAUCCCCUGUUUGAUGGCUCUGGGGAUUUAUGACAUGAAGUGGCCCCCGUACGCCGCCGACAUCACGUUGGAGCUGCACCAACACCAGGAGACCAACAAGCCCUUCGUCAAAGUGUCCUACGUCGGCCAGGAUCAACUCCUACCUGGUUGCAGUGGAGUCUACUGCCCCCUGGAGGAGUUCAAGCAGGUCCUCUCGGCACACUUGAUGAGCUACGAAGUCUACCACGCGCUUUGUAACAGCGACGAGGGCUUGACUGAACCCUGAGCCGCCAACACUCUGCUCUCCGUGACACUCUGAGGUCGCAGACAUCGUGUUGUAGUUUCUUUCACAUUCUCCUCUCACUGCGUCCGGCCUCCAUCACCAGGCAACGCUUUCUCUGGUUUUUGCAUCAGUGUACACCGAACUCCCAUUCCAUAAUUCCUAAUUUUCAUGUUUAUCAAGGCAGUACCAUUUUCCAUUUAUGUAGAGGAAUGUUAUAUUUAUGGCAUAUUGACAAGUAUGAGUGCAGAAUAUUUUUUUGUGUACGUGAUGUAGGCGCCAUGUUUUUCCUCUGGUCAACCAAACGAAAAACCAACCGUGUCUGGUCCGUCCCGAUGUGCUGUCAUGCAGCUUUAAGAGCAGAUGACAAACACACACUUUAAUCUGAGGUCUAUGGCACAUAAUGUGGCACCAAAGCCAUAAUGAUGCAAUUGUUCUGCCAUCUGGUUGUGAUCCCAAUAAACAUAUUUCAUAUUUCAUAUUCAAGCACAGGUGAAUGUCUUCAUCACCAUGUCGGCCCUGCAGACAUUGAAUACUUCUGUUUUAAGCCUUGUUUCAGUAUUUAAUGUACACGACUUCGUAGACCUGUGUUACAAUAACACUGCACCUCUUAAAGAUUUCAAUUGAUGUUAAGUCUUUUUAUUUUAUUUUAUUGGCUCUUGUCCCGUGUCCCGAGUAAACCUUUACAACACGAGUUUGUAAAGCAGCAGAGUUCCAGUGCAGCGAUGUGCUUGCACCUAUUUUUGGAAGUGUGGCGUCCUCUGAAAGUCGCUCUUGUGAAAUACCUCCAGAUAAAAAUGUCGCCCUGGCAACGCUG